AUGAAAACUGAAAAGCAUAUUUUCGAAAUUGCCAAGAGUUAUAUAGACCAAGCAGAAAAUGAACUUGCAAAACAGAUAAAUGCAAAAUCUUCUCCUUGCAUCAAUUCCAAAUUGAAUAUACUUUGGAAAUGGAGGCUACCCAUCACCAGACUCCCAGUCACCGGCCAAGCCUCCACUGUGACCCACCACGCCUUCAGCCGUCCAUCCCCCAUUCGCCAGAGUCGCGACCCAACCAGCCUGCACAACCACCUCCUUCAUCCCCCAUUUUCUCUACGUUUCACCACCACCAACUCACCCCAUCCUCCAUCACUGCUACCCUCGCUUAACCCCCUCACAGCCCACGCCUCCACU